CCGAGUCCCAGGUCGUCGCCAUGUCCGAGACCGCUCCCGCCGCACCCGCCGCCGCGCCUCCCGCGGACAAGGCCCCCGCCAAGAAGAAGGCGCCCAAGAAGCCUUCGGGGGUCCGCCGCAAGGCGUCGGGGCCGCCGGUGUCCGAGCUCAUCACCAAGGCCGUGGCCGCGUCCAAGGAGCGCAGCGGCGUGUCGCUGGCCGCGCUCAAGAAGGCGCUGGCGGCCGCGGGCUACGACGUGGAGAAGAACAACAGCCGCAUCAAGCUGGGCCUCAGGAGCCUGGUGAGCAAGGGCACCCUGGUGCAGACCAAGGGCACCGGCGCCUCGGGCUCCUUCAAGCUCAACAAGAAGGCGGCCUCCGGCGACGCCAAGCCCAAGGCCAAGAAGGCGGGCGCGGCCAAGCCCAGGAAGCCCGCGGGCGCCGCCAAGAAGGCCAAGAAGGCUGCGGGGGCCGCCACCCCCAAGAAGAGCGCCAAGAAGACCCCGAAGAAGGCGAAGAAGCCGGCGGCGGCGGCCGUGACCAAGAAAGCCGCCAAGAGCCCGAAGAAACCCAAGGCGGCCAAGCUCAAGAAGGUCGCCAAGAGCGCAACCAAGGCGGUGAAGCCCAAGGCCGCCAAGCCCAAGGUUGCCAAAGCUAAGAAGGCUGCCCCCAAAAAGAAGUAGGGUGUCUGAACAUCUGCUUCUAAAACCCAAAAAGGCUCUUUUCAGAGCCACCACUGA